GCUGUAGUACUCUGUGUCGGUGUGCACUUUGCGGUUGAAGGGUGCAGGGUUUUCCCACAUGACCGUGAACGCAGCGUCAGAUGAUGAGAGUGGGUCAUCAGCUGCAGUCAGUCAGGUGUGGUCGGCAGGGAGACGGUCCGACCGUCGGAGCGGCGAGCCAGCGGAAUCAACGGGCACAAGUCAGAGUGUAGCACCGGUCUGUGAGCAUGACCUACCGGCCAAGCACCGCAUCAUGACCACACUCCUUUUGGUGAACCCUCCUCGUGCAAUGAAACAGGGAACAGGUGACUUUUUAGCCAACCACCAGAGGAACCGAAGGGAUUGAGUCAAAGAAACCUCUGCAGAUGUAACCGCUGCUGUUAAAAAAAGAGGAACAUCUUAGUUUCUUUCAAGUGCAACAACCAAAAAAAAAAAGAGGUGAGGGGGAGGAAUUCUGAGGAGAAGGGCAGUAACGGGAUUUAUGAUCAGCACUACCACAAAAUGCCAAAUGUGCCCAUCCUGGAGCCGUACAUGUGAAGACUGAGCAUCCAGAGGAGUGCUGGAGCUGCACUGACACAACUGUGGAGGAGUUGUUGGAAAUCCCCCACAGGAGUGUCGCUGGGUGGAACUGGAAGUAAGGUGGAACCACGGUGCCGGCCCUCGCCGUCAAGCGUGAAUCAUAAAUGCAGAGCUCUCGAGAAGUGCCACCUACUCUGCCGGCUGCUGCGGUUUCGCUUUUAAAACGAUGUGAACAUCAGAACUGAAACUAGAGUGUAACUGGAAAUGUCCUCACACCCAAAGGGGAAGCGAACCUGUGAUUUCUGGACAAACUCUUGAGGUGGUCAGCGUUUGGAGACGGAACAAGGCGAGCGCCGCAUGUGCACUUGGAGGGAAGGAAGCUCACCUUCCUCCUAUGAAACUGGUUUUACUUGGAAAUCCAAAACAAGGCCAUCCAAAUGGCAGGGAAGGACUACAAUCAUCUCUUUAAGCUGCUCAUCAUUGGAGACUCCAAUGUGGGAAAAAGCAGCCUCCUGCUCCGCUUCGCAGAUAACUCCUUCUCAGGCAGCUACAUCACCACCAUCGGCGUGGACUUUAAGAUCCGGACGGUGGAUAUCGACGGGGAGCGGGUGAAGCUGCAGAUCUGGGACACGGCGGGGCAGGAGAGGUUUCGAACCAUCACCUCAACGUACUACAGAAACACCCACGGCGUCAUCAUAGUUUACGACGUGACAAAUCCAGAGUCGUUCGUAAAUGUUAAGAGGUGGCUGAAUGAAAUCUCCCAGAACUGUGACAACGUCUGCAAGAUCCUGGAUGUUCAUGGCCUUCACCCUCAUGGUGCUCCGGGCCAAGAAGGAGAGCCAGAACAGAGUGGAGAGGGAGCGGGAGCGGGAGAAGGACACGGUGAACAUCAACGCCCAGCGAGACCGAGACCGCAGGAAGAGGGGCAAGAAAUGCUGCUGAGACGCCGCUUCCGCCCACAGCAUUCAGCUGAGACUGAACUCGGCGCCUUCGAGGCCGUCUCUCACUGCAGAUAUGAAUGUGUGGAGCUACAGCACAGCAGGCUGUAGCUCUCGCUGUGCCUGAGGGUCUACAGUCUGCCAGCACUGAAUGCAAGUAGCAGCCAGGAGGUCACAUGACCUAAAGGAUCAUUCUGGUGUUUAUGCUUUUUUUUUUUUUUUUUUUUUCUAACCAGACUGCAGCGUGUCGUGUGUUGGACUGAAGCUAAAGAGCGACUAAUGUGCAGGUUGGUUUGUGGAUGCUAACCAGAAGAAACAUUUCUGUGACGUUUAUUCAAACGAGUGGAUUCCUGAGCUCGCCUUAAAUGACUCGUUUCAGUCUGAGCUGCACUGGUUUAUGAGGUGGUGUGUGAUCAUCAGCUUAAUCAGCACCUGUAAAACUCAAGUUACACCACAAAAAUGAAGCUUCUAUCCCGGCUUUUACAAACCUGGUUUCAUCAUUAAAACUGAUUCUUUUUUACUCAUCUCUCCAAAGACAGAAGUCAGUUCAUGGUCACAUGUAGCCAAAGAACUUUCCACCAACAUGGCCCCGAUGCUUGAGCUCUAGAGCCGGGGACCUCUGUGGUGACCAUUCAAACACGGUCCACCUUUUUGGCAUGAAACGUGUUUGAUUGGGCACUGCGUCAGUCAAUAAUGCGUCCUGAUUGGUGGAAAACCCGGAGAUUUGGUCACAUGUCGAGUCUGUGCUCCCACCACAGCUGCACAGCGCCUUAGGGAGAAUCAGUUUCUAUGUUAAAGUGCUCCGAUUCUGCUCGUUCCCUCCAUGUUUUUGGAUUAAAGCGGCUUUGCAUGAUUACUCACUUAUCUCGUGCUAGGCUUGUUUCAGACAGGCUCCAUCCUGUCUGAAACAAGCCGAUAGCUUCUCCCCUGUUAGGUCAGUUUUUCUCCGGUUGGCUCAUCAGCAGAGGUUUUGAAAGUGGGAAAAUAAUGACCUUGCGACCUUUCACAAUGACAGGUUCUAGUUGUGUAGGUUUCACUGAAGAUCAAACUGCAGGGAUUUGUUUCUAUUUUGUUCUGUUACCUUCUGUGACACGUGGAAGAUGAAAGCCAUAUCACGCUCCACGUCUUUAGUCACCAGUUGUCAUGUUAGUGGAAAAAAGGGAGAAACACUGAGAAACUCUACAUCUGUAUUUGCAGUGAACUAAAACAAGCAAAAACAAACACCAGCAUGGUCCUUUAACUUUGGUCUUAAACCACUGUUUAGAUUUUUUUUCUUAAUACAGAACAUGUAUUUAACCAGUGAAAGGGAGCUGUUUGUUCAAUUGUGACAUUAACGUAUGUGAUGAGUACAAACUGUCUGCAUGCCUUAUUUCAGUCUGAAUGAGGCCAGUAAUCCCAAAACAUGUUUUAAUGUAAAUCUGAUGCCAAGCAAAUGUGUCCAAAUACAAUAAAAGCAAUAAAUUCAGUGA